CGAAGUUUUCACACCUACACCUUUGUAUACGAUUAAGUACGACGCAUUACCAUGGCUUUGUUCGGAUUCCUUGUGCUUUUGUUGUCACGGUGGUUGCUUUUGCCAGCUGAAGCGUCUUUGACAAUACCAACAGCUAUGUUGUCUCCACUUGGUGUUCCCGAUGGUUUGAGUCAAUCUGGAAUGACUGCUGUCAAGUUAGCAGUUGGAAGUCGACUUUUGAACAUGCUGGGGUCUACUGGCCCAGGGUCAGCUGGAACUUUGCUAACCAGCGUUUUGGGCUCCCAGAAAAGACCGCAACUUGGAGGUUUUCCAAUGCGUUUUCCUGGUAUUACUCCCAAAAGCAAGGAAUUUUCUCAAAGACGAGGGCCAAAUAUCCCUACAUCUUUCAACAUUCGAGAGGCGAGUCCCACGGAAAUAGAGAACUUCUUUGGAGUAUUGCAUAGAGUUGAUGCAAAUAAAUGUAUCUCAAGACUUGUGUGUGAAGUCGGAGCUAAUCCAAAAAUUGUAGAAGGAUUGGGUCAUAAUCUGAAAGAAGUCAUGAGUUCCGCACGUGUCCUGGAAAAAAAUACCCUAUCCCAGAAAUAUCGCAAAAUUCUGUUCCAAGGUCAAAAGAAUGGCUUCGAGAGCUGUGCUCGCACCUAUUCCUCUUGUGACCAAAAAUCUUAUCGUAUGAUCCGAACAUUUGUUCGGGCUUAUAAGGUCAGAAACUGA